CGCGGUGGACGCCUCGUUCAGCGCAGAUCACAACAUGCCGUUUGAGAAUUCCGAACAUAAUCACCCGCGUCUUGUCACAUAUACAUUUCAAAGUGAUUCUGAAUUAAAUUUUUUAAUUGAACUUUUUUUGUCCAUUUUUAUAAAUUAAUCGUGGGUUUGGAUUAGGAAUUAGGAUCUUUACAUUACAUUUAUUUGUUUAUUUUUAAUCCCGAGUGUCUUGUUUACACUUAAAUAAUGGAUCUUUAAAAACAAUUAGACUGAACUCUGUGCCAUAAUCAGACAGCGAUACUGUGAUAUUGUGCAUCGGGAUGAUUUUGAUGCUGAUGUUUUGUUCAUUUAAAGUGAAGUUAGAUGUAAUUUGAGAUAUUUGUCAGUGUUAUUAGUUUGUCCAAUGUGAGAUGUGAUGAUGGAGGGUUUAAAAGACAGAAGAAACUCUAAAACUCCUGGAAGUUUUUCGAUAUCAAAAGGAUAUCCAGAGGAGCCCUGGCACAGUACUCCUGUAAAAAAGAAUCUUUUUGCUGCUAACGAGACCCCAGAUGUUUCCUACACCAGAACGAGACCAGCAGCACUGAGUUUGCACGAUCUCUCAAAACCAACGUCCUCUUUUUCAUUAACGCAGAAUUUCCAGACACCAGAUAAUGGGUUGGAGGCCUCUACAAUGCAGAGGCAGCGGCUGGAGCUGCAGCUUCUCAUUGCAGAAUUAAAGGACCGCGACCAGGAGCUCAAUGUCAUGGCAGCCGCCCAUCACAAGCAGCUGCUGUCCUGGGAGCAGGACCGUCAGAGAGUGCUGAUCCUGGAACAGAGAUGUACCCGACUGGAAGAUGAGCUGGAGAAGCGUAAUGAGGUGAUCAGAACUCUCAGUAGGCGGACGAAGGUGGCGGAAGCGAGAGAGAAAGACUCGCACAGAGAGCUCAACAGCACCCAACAGCAACUACACGAGCUGAGCCGGAGACAGAUGAACACCAGCAGACACGAGCAGGACUUGGAGGAGAGGAACCAGAGUCUGAACUCCACGGUCAUGAUCCUGUCAUCACAGGUGGGGCAGCUGCAGGUGCGCGAGGAAGAGCUCAGCUCCAUGCUCAAACUGAAGGAUAAAGAUGUGAUUGAGGCCACAAAUCACAUUUUAGAGCUGUCUGGUCGUCUUUGUGACCUAGAGAAAUCACUUGAAGAGCUGCGAACACGUGAGAGCAAAACGCUGCGAGAAAUGGAGGAACACAAACACCGAUUCAGAGAGGGCAGACAUGAAAACACACAACUUAAAGCUGAGCUUCAGGAAAAAACCAUUGAGAACAACAGCCAGAGAGAAGAACUCAUCCGCUUAAAGCAGGAAAACCAACUGCUAAAGAAAGAGAUCACUGCCGUUGAACUUCAGAGGAUAAAUGAAGAUAAAAGCUGGAGGGAUGAAUUACUUGAACUGUCCCGAUCAAAACAAGCUCGAGCUGAAUCUGAGCUGGUCUGUCUGCGGCAGGUGUGUGAAAACCAACAGAAUGACCUCCAGCUGCUGAAGCUGAACUUGGAGAGUGCCAGAGAGGCACUCCGACAUCAUGAGGGUCAAAGGUCACGUGAGAGGGCUGAUUCUGGUUUAGGAGCCAGUCAUGUGCUAGAAUACAGUGAUCAUCAAGGGACAGAACUAGAAACAGGGCUAAUGUCCACCCUGUGCCACAGCACAAGCAAAAAUCCCCCAUCAGUUUUAACGCAACAUCCUUGUGUCGAAAUGGAAACGCAGACUGACUUUGCCGCAACUUUGAGCGCCACAAACCAUGAAGUCGCAGAACAGUCAGCCGUAGAGGGAAGUUGCUCAGGCGCCAACUGUGUUAACAACACCUGUACAACUAACCGGUGUGAUGUCAAUGAACAAGAGAAAGAAACGAAGGAAAGAGCGAACAACUGUGUUGAGUUGUCAUCCCAGUGCGCUCCUCCAGCUCUCUGCUGUGAUAACGCUGUUAACCUGGAUUUAAUGGCUGUCAUUGACUAUGAUGCGGAGACAGGAACUCCUGUCUGUGUUGUCGAUCUGGAUAUCAGUCCAAGAUUCUCUUGCGCAGCAGAUCUGAGCCUUCACCUGGACUGCCCCUCCCCCUGUCACCAAAGUAGGCGGAGCUCUGUCAGUUUACCCGAUUCUACAAUAAGCAUUGAACUCUGUGGCAAUGAGGAUGGCUACAGCUCAUCCACAAGCCGUUUACAGCGUCUGCUGGCUGAAUCCCAGGAAAUGGUGGCAAGUUUGGAAAGCUCUGCCAAGAAAUCUGUCAGCCCAAUGAAAUCUCCAUGCCCCACAAACUGUGAUUCUGGUUGUCACCUCCAAAAUAACCACGGCAAUGGCUGCCACUCCCAAACCUCCACCCAUAGCCAAGAGGGCAGCCAAACAAGCAGGGAAAGUGACUCCCAGAUGAAAAGCAGCACACAUUUGCUACAAGGAAGCAAGUAAUCCAUAGAUCCACGAGAACCGGCGGAUCCCCGUUCAUCUUCUCCCUGCUUCUGAAAAUAAAUAAAUUUUUGGCAACCAAAGAGUUUUACAAAGCUAACAAGUAAUUUUUACAGAUACGUUUUUAAUCAAAAUCUAUUUUUAUGAUAUGUGUACUAAAAUAAGCAUUUGUGAUUAAUCCCACACAAAGCACUACCUCUGACUGGACAGAUGUAAAGACUGUUGUUAUUUAUAAACUACUUUCUUGGAGUGUUAAACCUGUCCUACGAGAUGACAAUGGUGUUGGUUGUUUUUUGUCAUUCCAGUUUUUUCUGUCAUCUAACCUGUUUGGUUUCAAAGAUAAUGAACUGUGAUGUGGCUCCAGUCUAGAUCAUUGUGUUUUACACCUGAAAUGCAGUGUAAUUCUCACAGUAAGGGCAAGGAGCCUUCAGCCUUUUCAAAAGACACUGAAACACAGUAUAUUUGCAUAAUCUCAGGACAAUUAAGAGAACAAUAAAGGUCUUUACAUGCUGCCAGUUGA